CCACCGCGCCGCAAACACAAAACAAAAAAUGUACCAAAAAGUGCUAUUGCUAUCUCUUUUCUUAACUCUGACCUUAGCCAAAGAUGAUCUGGGAUUCCGAUACAUUAGUCGAGUAUAUGAAGAUUGCCAGAAUUCUGAUGGAUUUGCUCAAUGUUUGAAGAAGAAGGCGAUUAUGUUCUUCGAUCGUGCGGCGAGGAUGGAGACGAUACCUUUGGUUGAUGGUGUGGACGUGGUUAGGAGUAAAGGAGUCACCUUACAACCUAUCACUGAGAAUGAGAUUGAAGCUGUACUGCCCAGGAGUUUAAAUAAGGACGAGACCUUGAACGAGAUGUUAUGGGACCGCAUCGCUGCGUUCGCGAAUUCCAGGACAGUGCAGCUGUCACUACCGAAGGUGUCUGGUGAUGAACUAAACAAAGGAGUUGAGGAAGGUCGAGGGAAGAUGAAGAAAAUGAUGAGCAUGAUGAUGAUGGGAGGAGCGAUGAAGAUGGCAGCCAUGAUCCCGCUGGCGAUAGCUGGUCUGUUCGUGCUGGCUGGCAAGGCGUUAAUUGUGUCUAAGAUCGCCCUCCUACUCUCCGGCAUCAUGCUGCUGAAGAAACUGAUGUCUGCGAAGAGUGGUGGCGGUGGAGGUGGACAUGAGAGUCACGGCUGGUCCUCUGGUGGCAGCAGUGGGGGCUGGGACAGACGUUCCUACCACGACCUUCCUUACUCCGCCUAUAAAAGGGAAUAGGGGAUUAAUAGUGCUGACUGAGAGUGAUGUGUAAAGUUAAAGGAUUGUUUCAGAAUAAUAAUAUUAUUUCGUCGAUAUUAAGUCUCUUUGUCAGUGGUAAAAAAUGGGUGGCCCUUAACAAUCGCAACAAGCGAUCAGUAAAUGAUUCAGCUUCAAUGGUUCUCUGUCAGUUGGCAAAGGCCUGAGAAAACAAACGCAUCUGUGACUCCUCUGUGUCCAUGGGCGGCACUGUUCGCUUACCAUCAGGUGGUCUGUCUGCUCGUUUGCCUCCUAUUCCAUAAAAAAAAAUAUUGGCUUCUGUUCCUAACUCUGCAAAAUUUUAUCAACGACAAGGCCUUUGACAUCGUAAAACGUGAUCUUGAUCAGUAAAUUCAAAUACGUAUAGAAUUUAUUCGAACAACAAUCGCAAUGCUCUGCCGUAAAUACCUACUCCAUAAUAAUAGGAGGUCGACUAGCAACUCACAAAACCGAUCGUGACACGAACCUUUCAAUAAAUUACCUUUAUUUUACUAUUCUGCAUUCGAUCGUAAAAACGACAAUCUCGGUAAAAAUGUAAAUGCUACUGACAUUUAGGGAGGGACGAAAUAUUAUUUCUAUUUUAAGAUUGAUCAAUCCAAUUUAUACUCACUAUCAAUCGGUAUUAUCAUUGAUCGUUUAUUCAAAUUUUAGAGCGAAUUUGUAGGUUUUAUAAAUACAUUUUUUUAAUGAAUUUCUUAGAAUUUAUUAACGGGACGUGUUGUUCUAUUUAUAAAUUUAAAAAUGCUACAAUUUGUAUGCCCACCUACUUAGAACUCAUGUCUCGUUAUUAAAAAAUACAUUUGAUUAAAUUAUUAUUAUUUAUUAAAUACUUUUU